UGAGAUAAAAAUUACAAUCGGAUCCAAUGGCCGAAUUGAAGACGAUCUAUUUCAAUGACGAGAGUGGCUUUGGGUUCCUCACACCGGACGUUGGCGGCGCAGAUAUGUUGUUCCUCAAGUCCUCUAUCUGAUCCAGGAGCUUGCAGAUUCCUGUGCAAGGCAAGACGGUAGAGUUUUUGGUCACACCGGACGUUGGGAUUAUAUCGACGACCCCAUCGGCGGCGUAGAUGAUAGUAAAGAUACGACUGUUAUCUGCAUGGCCGUGACGGUGGCGAUGUCGGUGGCUUUUGGGUAAUUUUUAAAAUGUUUAUGCUAUCUCAAUCUUCAUAUAUAUAUAUAUAUAUAUAUAUAUAUAUAUAUAUAUAUAUAUAUAUUAUCAUUUACUACAAAGAUUUGAUGGUAACCACCACGGUCCAAUUGAUAGUGUCUCAUGGGCCAUCAAAGAGAACAACUAUCAUCCUACUGAUUCUCUUCUCUUGAAAUCUUUUUUUAUCAACAUUCACACUAUUUGAGGGACUUCAAAGAAGGUCUGCCAAGUGUUUUUUUUUUGCCUUGUAUGGUGUGUUUGGUUGGGGAUAAUGGAGGUAGGGGCUGCGCCGAUGAAGAAGUCCAAGAAGAAGAUUCAUCUGUUCGAUUCGUCCGACUCCCCGCCACUGGGGACUAGUGGAGUGAAGCGUUUGGAAAUGCUGAGGCCGUUUCAACUCGGGAAGUUUCCGGCGGAGGUGAAACCGAGGAAUGAGGUGCUUGGUAGGCCAUCAACACGAGCAGAGAUUAGAGUGCUUAUUAAGCCUUACUUGUCUAGUAAUCGCCAGGUCAAUCUGGGUAGGGAUGGAUUGACACAUAACAUGUUAGAAUUGGUACAUUCACGUUGGAGGAGACAACCUCAAGCUAAGAAAGACCAAGUGGCCGAUAGAGCAAGAGACAAUGCACGGUCUGCCAAAGAAUCAUGCACAGAGGCCGGUCAGCAGAUGAAGGAGAAGGCACAAGGAGCAGCUGAUGCCAUCAAGGAUGCAACUGGGAUUAACAAACAAUGCUAA